UCGGGGAUAUUCGCGUUCGGCGAGUGUCAAGUUGGCGACCCUGCGUGAACCUAAUAAAAAAACGAAUCAGCUGAAUGCUGAAUAGCGAGCAAAAGAAACUUUCUCUUCGUUUUCCUCGACGUUGACAAUGGCGAUGUGAAGUUCGCGUGCCCUAAAACAUCCCGAUCCGCGUCCGAUGCGAAAAGACAAUCGAGGUCCGAGAUUUUCCGCCAAUUGAAAUCCGUCUCGUGUGAUUGACUUUCGCCAGUGUGAUCGCUUUUUUGCCGUCUCCGAACCCCAAAAACAGAACAAGUAUCGUUGUUUAGUGUUAUUGUUAAAGAUGAGUGCUUGUUGCUACAAAAAGAACGACUCGACGCCGGAAAAAGCGACCUUUUCCCAGCUCCGCUUCGAGUGAUCGCGAUUGCCGAAUUUGGUGCGUGGUGUUGUGGUCAAGACACGAAAAUGUCAGCGAUGAAGAACUCCUCUCUCAACAAGAAGGAAGGCAAAAUGAGGAUCCGAGCCUUCCCUAUGACUAUGGAUGAGAAAUUUGUGGAGAGCAUAUGGGCCCUCCUCAAGAAUGCCAUUCAAGAAAUACAGAAAAAGAAUAAUUCGGGAUUAAGUUUCGAGGAGUUGUAUAGGAAUGCCUACACUAUGGUAUUACAUAAACAUGGAGAGAAGUUGUACACAGGGCUCAAGGAGGUUGUUACUCAUCAUUUAGAAUCAAAGGUCCGAGAAGAUGUUCUUCGGGCUCUCCACAACUGCUUCCUUAUGACACUAAACCAAGCCUGGAACGACCAUCAGACGUCAAUGGUGAUGAUUCGAGACAUCCUCAUGUACAUGGAUCGUGUUUACGUUCAACAAAAUGACGUUGACAACGUGUAUAAUUUGGGAUUAAUUAUUUUUAGAGAUCAGGUUGUGCGAUAUGGUUGCAUUCGCGACCACCUCCGAGAAACCCUCCUGGACAUGGUAAUGCGAGAACGACGAGGCGAAAAAGUUGACAGGAUCUCGAUAAAAAACGCCUGUCAGAUGUUAAUGGUCCUCGGAAUAAACUCUCGGGCAGUGUACGAAGAGGACUUCGAGCGACCCUUCCUUCAACAAUCUGCCGAAUUUUACAAAGUAGAAAGUCAAAAGUUCUUAGCAGAAAAUAGCGCGUCCGUGUAUAUAAAUAAAGUAGAAGCCAGAAUUAACGAAGAAUCUGACAGAGCAAAGCACUACCUCGACGAAUCUACCGAAUCCAGAAUCGUCGAAGUGGUCGAAGAAGAACUGAUCAAGAAACACAUGAAGACGAUAGUCGAGAUGGAAAACAGCGGCGUCGUCCACAUGCUGAAACAUCAAAAAACCGAAGACCUGGCUUGCAUGUAUAAGCUCUUCGGAAGGGUGGCCGACGGACUCAAAACGAUGGCUGAUUGCGUCAGUCAGUAUCUGCGAGAGCAAGGAAAAGCGUUAGUCCAAGAGGAGGAACACCAGCCAUCCACGAACGCUAUCACUUUCGUCCAGUCGUUGCUAGAUCUGAAGGACCGUUUCGAUCACUUCUUGAAGAAUUCGUUCAAUAACGAUAAGAUCUUCAAACAGAUGAUCGCUUCAGAUUUCGAGCAUUUCCUCAAUCUUAAUCCGAAGUCGCCGGAAUAUCUUUCUUUGUUCAUAGAUGACAAAUUAAAGAAGGGUGUGAAGGGGAUGUCGGAGCAGGAGAUCGAGCUGGUUCUGGAUAAGUCCAUGGUACUGUUUAGGUUCUUGCAAGAAAAAGAUGUGUUUGAGCGUUACUACAAACAACAUUUGGCUAAGAGACUGCUUCUGAACAAAUCGGUCAGUGAUGAUUGGGAGAAAAAUAUGAUUUCAAAGUUAAAGACUGAGUGCGGUUGUCAGUUCACUUCAAAAUUGGAGGGUAUGUUCAAGGAUAUGACCGUUUCCAACACCAUCAUGGACGAGUUCAAGGAUCAUAUCACCAAAACCGAGUCAAACCUAUGUGGGGUGGAUCUAUUCAUGCGCGUUUUAACAACCGGCUUCUGGCCCACGCAGAGCGCCACCCCCAAGUGCCACAUUCCCGCUAUUCCACUAGCUGCCUUCGAAUGUUUUAGUAGGUUUUACUUAGCCAAACACAGCGGAAGGCAGUUGACUUUACAACCCCAGCUGGGCAACGCAGAUCUCAAUGCCAUCUUUUUCGGUCCGAAAAAGGAAGAUCCAGACAAGGAAGGAGCGUGUUCGUCUACUAGUUCCAUUUCGCCCAGAACAGGUCCACGGAAGCACAUUAUUCAAGUAUCGACGUACCAAAUGGUGGUCUUAAUGUUGUUCAACAACCACGAGAAACUCUCAUACGAGGAAAUCCUGAACGAGUCGGAUAUACCAGAAAGGGAUCUGAUCAGGGCGCUGCAGUCGUUGGCGAUGGGCAAAGCGACGCAGAGGAUCUUGAUAAAGAAUCCCAAGACGAAGGAAAUCGAGUCCAACCACGAGUUUUACGUGAACGAUUCGUUCACGUCGAAGCUGCAUAGAGUUAAGAUUCAAACGGUCGCCGCCAAGGGCGAAAGCGAGCCGGAGAGACGCGAAACUAGGAAUAAAGUGGACGAAGACAGGAAGCACGAAAUAGAAGCAGCUAUCGUUAGAAUAAUGAAGUCGCGAAAGCGGAUGCCGCAUAAUAUUCUGGUCACGGAAGUGACCGAACAGCUGAAGAGCAGAUUUUUACCAUCUCCUGUUAUUAUUAAGAAACGAAUAGAAGGGUUAAUUGAAAGGGAGUACCUGGCGCGGACGCCCGAAGACAGAAAAGUUUACACUUAUGUUGCUUGAACUUAUUUGUUUUGUUUUGUUCUGGUGGAAUAUGUGCGUGGAUAACAGUUAUCCUUCAAAGCAAAACUAUACAUGAAAUUUAAAUUACAUUAAAUUAUUUAAAGAGCGAUCCUUUACCUCCUUGCGCUGCAGACGCAUAAUUAAAUAUUUUGAUUUUUCUCUUAAUUUUUAGUUUUUUUACUAUAUCUGAUUUGUUUCUCAUAUUUAUUUCCAGUUCAUCAAGUUGAACAUGAUUGUAAAUAUUUUCAUCAUAUUUAAGGAAGAUUAUUAAGUCACAGGUUCUAUAUUUGUGCUGAUGAUGAACGUUUAAUGAAGUUCAAUAAACUUGUCCAGAUAAUGAACAGGUAGCGAUGUUGGCACUACCAAAUUCUUCGUUAUAUCUAUGACAGAAAUAAAUCAAUAUGUUUUUAAUAUGUAAA